GUUGCGUUGCACAGGCUGCUGCCGUGCGGCGGCGCGCAGGCGUCACGUUCUACGAAUGCGCGUGGUCCCGGAGCCGUCCGCUCGCGUCACACGGCGACGGAACCCAACCAAUACGUAUGCGCAAUGCCACUGCAUGCAGCAGCAAGAGCUCGAGUCCUUGCAGCGGUGCGCAAGCCGCACAACUGGACCCGCAGCUCUGAUCGCAUCCGUGACGCCGCGCCGCCGGCGCCGGGCAUCCGUAGCCCGUCCGCCGUCGUCCCCUCAGCCGGCGCCGGCCGCAGCCGUCGUCCCUGCGGAGCACACAGCAUGGACGCCCGCGCCUUCGCGCGGCGCACGCGGCGCGGCGUUGUACGACGCGAGGUGCGCGAGGCCCACGGCGGCGAGGCGACGUUCCGCCGGCGGGGCGCGCCCGUGGCGAAGGAGGCGCUGCGCGACGAACAGGCGACGUACGUCGUCCCCGACGCGAACGUCGUCCUGCACCAGCUCGACGUCCUGGAGCACCGCGACGUAAACUGCGCGCAGCUGGACCGGCUCGUGAUCUGCCGCACCGUCGCCGAGGAGGUCCGCGCGCGGGACCGGCGAUGUUAUAGACGACUCCUGGCUUUAGUAAGAGACCCGGCUCGUCGAAUUCUGACGCUGCACCACGCGUCACCGACACCUCUGCCGCGAGAGUCGACGAACGACGCGAACGACCGGGCCAUCCGGGACGCGGCGGCGCUGGUUAAAGAAGUCUGCGGCGAUUGUAUUUUGGCGACGGACGACGCCGACAACCGCAGGAAAGCGAAACAAGCGCAUCUGCGCGCCCUCUCGACCUUGGAGCUUUGCGCACUCGUAGAACCGUCUCUCUCCGACCGCGUCUGCCGACAUGACGACGACGGGGCCUCGUCGGACCAAGUCUACGCGCCGCAUCUGCCGCCUCAAGAAUUAAGGAAGGGCGUCGCGGCCGGUACGUUUACGCGGGGCGUCUUCCGGGCUACAUCAGCAUUUCGGGGCAGCGUCGGCGACGUGAGCAUCGAAGGGUCCAAUUGCAACCGCGCGCUCGACGGUGACGAGGUUGUUGUCGAGAGAGUGAAGGAGGCCGAAGCUUUGAAUGAGGAGGAGGACGACGUCCGACUCAACGUGGGGGAAGACCUCAGAACAUCGAUGGGGAGAGUCGUCGGCAUUCUGAAGAGGCGACCGGUCGAAGUAUGUGGCUCCUUCGAGAGGUCGGGGCGGUUCCGGCCGCUGGACCGGCGCCUCCCCCGCGUCGUCGUCGAGAAGCGCGUUAAAGAUACGGAUACGAGAGUUGUUGUUAAGAUUGACGGGUGGGACGCGUCUUCCAAGCUCCCGCGCGGUCAUUUCGUGGCCGAGCUCGGGAAGCGAGGCGACCAGGCGACGGAGACGACGUGCAUCCUGCGGGAGCAGGGCGUGGCCUCCGGGCCCUUCUCGGCCGGGGCGAUGGGGUGUCUGCCUUCGCCGGAUUUCGACGUGGAGGCGGACGCGCUCCGGUCGUCGAGGGAGGACCUCCGGGCCUCGGUGAUCUGCUCGAUCGACCCGCCGGGGUGUCGGGACAUCGACGACGCGCUGUCUUGUACUUUUUCAGAUGGUGUCUACCAUGUUGGUAUACAUAUAGCCGACGUGACGCGCUUCGUGGAAAGCGACUCCGCGUUGGACGCCGAGGCGAAAUCGAGGGGCACGUCGACCUAUCUCGUGGAUAGGCGGCUGGACAUGCUGCCCGUGCUGCUGACGGCGGAUCUGUGUUCCCUCCGGGCGAACGUGGAUCGCCUCGCCUUCUCCGCGUUCGUCGACGUCGACGAGGAAGGCACGAUUCUCGAGACGCGCUACGCGCGGACGGUCAUCCGAAGUAGGGCCGCGUUGACCUACGAGCAGGCGCAGCGCAUGAUCGAUUCCCAAGAUGAUUCCGGCGUCGGCGCUUCGGUGAGGCGGCUCUGUGCGCUCGCGAGGGUCCUGCGACGAAAACGCGUCGACGCCGGAGCGUUGGCGCUCGCGUCGCCCGAGGUCAAGUUCAAGUUGGACCGCGAGGACCAGCCCACGGACGUGUCCUCCUAUCAAUUGUACGAAGCGAACAAAGUCGUCGAGGAGUUCAUGCUCCUGGCGAACGUCUGCGUCGCGUCUACGCUGGCCGAAAGGUUCCCGGCUUUAGCCUUAUUAAGACGGCAUCCCGCGCCGCCGCUCGAGAGGUUUUCCGACUUCCUGGAACAUGCGUCCCGAAAAGGUUUUUCCAUUGACGCGUCUACUUCCAAAUCAUUGGCGGACUCGUUAGAUGCCGCGACCGAUCCAUCGGAUCCGGAGUUGAACACUUUAUUGAGGAUCGCGGCCACGCGAUGCAUGGCGCCGGCCGCAUACUUCUGUUGUCGCGACGAGCAGGGCGAACAACGACGGCACUACGGCCUGGCGGCUCCACUAUAUACGCACUUCACGUCGCCCAUCAGACGCUACGCGGACGUCGUCGUGCAUCGAUUACUAGCGGCAGCUAUAAACGAUAAACCGCUGCCUCCUGCCUACGCGGCGCGCGACGCGUCGACGCAACUGGGUAGAUUGGCCACGGAUUUAAAUAGGUUGGCCACGAACGCGCAAAGGGCGUCGCGCCGAAGCGUCGCGCUGCACACGCUGUUGUUCUUCGCGAAGAAGCCGAUGGAUCGGUGCGAUGGGCGGGUGUUGGCCGUGCGCGACGGGCGUUUAGAUGUCUUAUUGCCGCAGUUCGGCGUCGAGGCCUCGAUAAAGGUAGACGGCGUUGUCAAGGAGGGCGGCCUGGCCUGGGACGACGUCGUCGUGCGGGUCUUCGAUCGCGUGGUCGUUCGGGUCGCGGUCGCGAAGCGCGAUGAAGACGCCGACGACGCCGUCGUGCUGGGCCUCGUGGAGCCCGCGCCGCCGCGGUCGUCGGGGGAGUCGGUGCCGCCUCGGUCGUCGGGGGAGCCGGUGGCGAAGAAGCGGCGGACGUAAGAGUUGUGUUUCU